UUGAAAUGGUAUCUUGGUGAGCGAGUGUUUACAAAUUGAGGAGAUCAAAGUACUUUGUUGACUAUUUAUGGUGUUUGACUUUUAACAUUUUCUCAGUGUUCGAAUAUAUUUUUUCAAAAUUGACAGUUAUUUUGUAUAAUCGAGCGAAAAAUGAAAAGUCGCAGAGACGUAGUUAGUGUAAAGGAGGAACCGGAAGAUAGUUAGUCAGAUGCAGGUGACGAUACUAAUUUCGAUUCCAUGGACUUUUACCAAGUCAAAAACUAUGGAACAUCCCCACAUGUUAACAGAUCGGUAAAUUACAUGAAUGAGGAUAUUGUCUCGAACCAGAAGUUGGAUGAAAGUAUAUCCAUUGAAUUUGAAUGCCAAGAUGUAAAGCUUGAACCUCCAUCUCCAUUGAAAAGCAUCUGCACAUCUGAUUAUGAAAGUUGCUUACCUAUCGUGAAAUUAGAAAACGGAAAUCAGACAGAUGACACAAGUGGAAAAAAAUAUAUUGAUUUUAAUAGCAAACAUUUCGAAAAUCAGAAGAUGAGUCAUUCACCUAGAGUGAACGCAGAAAACAAGAAACAAACGAAUCACUUGAAUGGGAAAAGCCUAAUAAUUUUGAUUAAAAAAAAUUUUGAUUUUCGUAAUAAUUGUCUACUUCAAGAGAACUCUCAAUUGCAACUUGACGAACUCAAGGAUGUGAAAAUAGUUGAAAAAAGAACACAUACUAAAUUAUCGCAUAAUUAUAAAGUAUGUAAAAAAACGUACAACAAAGAAGCGAGUCUAAAAAGACACAGCAGUACAAAAAAUAGUAGAUGUAGACUAUUCGAAAGUCGUAAUGGUCACAAGUUAUAUGGUCAAAAUACCCUCCGAAAGCACAUGAUGACGAAUCGAUUCGAAUGUGAUAUUUGCCACAAAUCAUUUACAAGUAAUCGUCAUCUUAAAAAUCACAUAAAUGAGGUACAUAAUCACAGCAAACCAUACGAAUGUAAUAUUUGUAGCAAGUCAAUUUGGUCGCAUUGCAACUCUCAAAAGGCGUACAAUUACAGUACACGAUCGCCAAAAACCAUUCGAAUGUGAUAUUUGUCACAAAUCGUUUGCAAGUAAUCGUCAUCUUAAAAAUCACAUAAAUGAGAUACAUAAUCACAGAAAACCAUACGAAUGUAAUAUUUGUAGCAAGUCAUUUGGUCGCAUUGCAACUCUCAAAAG